AUGACAGUGUCGCAGCUGUUAAAACAAAGAGUGAGAUAUAGCCCUUAUUUGUCCAAGGUGCGUCUUGCGGAGGAGGUUGUGCCAUUGUUUAAGAAUGGGCAGUAUAUAGGAUGGUCAGGGUUUACAGGAGUGGGGUCGCCCAAAGCUGUGCCAACUGCAUUGGCGCAGUAUGUUGAAGAGAACGGGUUGCAGGGGCAGCUUGGGUUUAAUUUGUUUGUAGGGGCGUCAGCGGGUCCAGAGGAAAACCGGUGGGCCGAGUUGGACAUGAUCAAAAGGCGGGCACCGCAUCAGGUUGGGAAGCCUAUAGCCAGGUCUAUUAACGAGGGCAAGAUAUUAUUCUUUGAUAAACAUUUGUCUAUGUUCCCGCAAGACCUGACUUACGGGUACUACACGCGUGAGAGAACGGACGGUAAAAUUUUGGAUUAUACGAUCAUCGAGGCCACUGCAAUUAAAGAGGACGGAUCCAUAGUACCAGGUCCUUCCGUAGGCGGAUCGCCUGAAUUUAUUGUCGCGGCAGACAAGGUUAUUAUUGAGGUGAACACGGCGACACCUUCUUUUGAAGGGUUGCACGACAUAGAUAUGCCUGUGAACCCUCCAAACAGGCUACCCUACCCAUAUACCCGCGUGGACGAUCGUUGUGGCAUCGACUCGAUCCCUGUGGAUCCCUCCAAGGUGGUUGCUCUUGUCGAAUCCACAGAGCGUGACAAGGUCGGUCCCAAUUCCCCCUCUGACGAUGUUUCCCGCGCCAUUGCUGGCCAUUUGGUCGACUUUUUAGAAACCGAGGUGUCUCAAGGUCGCAUGCCUGCCAAUUUGCACCCAUUGCAGAGCGGCAUCGGAAACAUUGCAAAUGCCGUCAUCGAGGGUUUAGCGGGUGCAUCUUUCAAAAAUUUAAACGUCUGGACUGAGGUCUUACAAGAUUCCUUCUUGGACCUAUUUGAAAAUGGCUCCCUUGAGUUCGCAACAGCAACCAGUGUUCGCUUAACCGAGGCUGGCUUCGACAAAUUUUUCCAAAACUGGGACAGCUACUCAACCAAGCUCUGUCUUCGCUCCCAGGUCGUCUCCAACAGUCCUGAAUUGAUUCGUCGUUUGGGAGUCAUUGCCAUGAACACCCCCGUGGAAGUGGACAUCUACGCUCAUGCCAAUUCCACCAAUGUGUCUGGCUCCCGCAUGCUAAACGGCCUAGGAGGCUCCGCCGACUUUUUGAGAAACGCCAAGUUGUCAAUCAUGCACGCCCCUUCGGCCAGACCUACCAAAACUGACCCCACGGGUAUCUCCUCCAUCGUACCCAUGGUCUCCCAUGUCGAUCAAACCGAACACGACUUGGACAUUCUUGUCACUGACCAAGGCCUAGCGGAUUUGCGCGGUCUUGCACCCCGCGAGCGUGCUCGCGAGAUAAUCCGUUCUUGCGCCCACCCGGACUAUAAACCAAUCUUGCUAGACUACUUACAACGUGCCGAACACUACGCAACACGCACCCGUUCCUUACACGAGCCCCAUAUGCUAAAGGAUGCAUUUAAGUUUCACAUAAACUUGGCUGAAAACGGCUCCAUGAAAGUAAAGUCCUGGGAUUAG